CUCCGCUGCUCCCGCCUCCGUGCGCCGGACCUCAAGCAGCCCCCGUGAGCCCCAGGGAAGGCCGCCUGCGCCCGGCCGAACUGAUACCGACAUAGGAGCACUUAGGAAGCCAGGGGUGCAUCUUGGGGGUUAUGCUGAGCAACGCAAGCCAUCACGUGUCUCGGGUAAGGACUCUGUACAGGAGGAUUCUGCAGUUGCACCGAGCAUUGCCGCUGGAGCUGAAGACCUUGGGAGAUCAGUAUGUGAAGGAGGAAUUCAGGAGACACAAAUCUGUUGGCUCCGCAGAGGCCCAACAUUUCUUGCAUGAAUGGGAGAACUAUGUAACAAUGCUUGGGCAGCAAACCAGUCGCAAGGAAGAGAGCUCACCUGACAAGCCCCGCUUUGGAUCCCACCUCCCAGAGGAGAAACUUAAUGCGCUUCGAGAUGAGCAGGUUGGACAGCUAAAGGAACUAAUGCGAGAAGCUACCAAACCCAAGAGGCAGUUUAAUGUUUUGGAUGACACAGAACACAAAAGCUAGCAUAUUUCUCUGAAUAGACUUCAAGUAAAAUUCUUGAUACUUCCUUUUGCUCUAAUUUUGAAGAAAGCCUCACUGUGGAAAAUAAAUCAAGCUGACAUACAUCCUUUCUUUUUCAUUUCAACCUCCAGGGAUUUGUUUGAGGAAUAUAUUUAGAAAUAGUUACUGUCCCACUUAUAUUAAUUAAGGCCUACGCUGCCACUUAGCAUACCUGAACACUUCUUAUUCCUUAAGAUUUUGGCUAUGUUAAAUUUGUCACGUGGGGAGAGAGUUAAAUGGAAGGCUUUGUGCUAAGAUAGGAUUUUCAAGGGGGAACACAAUAGGAUUUAAUAAAUACUGGGUGUGAAGGUACCACUGUUUUUCAAGAUUUGAUGUCAGCUUCCCUCAUUCCUUAUAUCAGAAUAAGAUGGGAUCACUCAAGAUUGCUCUGUAGUAUCCUUUCUGGAACUUCUCAUGUUUAGAACUGCAAAAAGGUGUAUAUGUAGCAUGUGCUGAGCCUGUUCAGACUGGUAGGUCUCAGUUCUGUUGCAAGUUUCCAAAGAAGAAGGUUGGCCCUAGCAGGUAGUCUCCCUACAAAGUAUGAGAGUAGUUCCAUCCAAAAACAGGACAGCUGCUGGACUUGUAAUGCUUUUUCCUUCCUUACCAUAAAUGGAAAAGGGAAUGAAGUUAAGUGGUGAAAAAAGCUCUUGUCUUUUGGGGCAGGGAAAAUCCUGGACUUUGAUUUGGCAAGCUCCUGGCUGGCACAGCUUCUCCAAGCCCAGAGAAUUGCUGGCUUGCCCACUGUUCUGUGAAGUUGUAGGAUCAAACAAUAUGUUCAGAUUUUUAAAGAGUUGUGUUCCCUACAGCCACACAGCAGGGAGAACCUAAGUUAGGUCUGGGGAACCUGGACUCAGCUCGUUAAAAACUCGACUGUGUAGUUGGGCUCUUAAAAAUAAACGCUUUGAGGGAUAUUCAUUUAAAUCUUUUAGAACUAUUCUUUAUGUGUUCAGGACUUGGGAUGAAAACUGAAAAAUCUAAGAUGCAUUUUGUAAAAAUGAACUUUUUAUGAAAAAUUUAGAACUCUUGGUGAGAAAACUGAAUUUUCCACUGUUAAUACUGAAGAGCCUUUUCUGAAUAGAACUGGGAGAGGCUAGCAUAUGUAAUUACACAUUUGUUGAUAUAUGCAGAUAAAAAGGACAUUUAGACAAAAGGGAAAUAUAUGUUCAUGUUGAUUUUAGUUUGGUGCAUGACAGAAAUAACAAAAAUUCAUGACAUUACUACCAAUGCUAAGUUCAAAAGUAUCCCUAGGUCUAAUACAGAUUCUUGAGGAAAUCAACUGUUUGUUUCUGUUGAGACCUAUCCAUUUAUUCCUAGCCCCUGCUUCCUAUUCUUUAACUAGUUACCAGUGUAUAAGAGAACCUGCUAAAUUUACCCAGACGACUAUGAUGUGAGACUAUCAAACCCUUUUUGGAACUCCAGCUAUAUAAUGUCUACCAGAUCACUCAUACCUGAUAGCCAAAUCUGUUUUCCUGUCAGGCCUAUCUCAGAGUGUAAUUACUGAGGGACAUUUUCAGUGGUGCCCAGAUGCUAUCACUUAACUUGGAAUACUGAUUC